AUGAAGGUGGUAUUCCUGGACAUGGACGGGGUGCUCGUCACGCGCAGCCCCGGCGUCGCGGAAGACGAGCUCGUCGAUAACCUGCGGGAGCUCGUCGAUCGCACGGGGGCGCGCCUGGUGCUCAGCUCCGACUGGCGGAGGUGCCCGCGCGCCCGCGACGAGUGCGCGCGCAUCCUCGCGCGACGCGGCCUCCGGUUGCUCGACAGGACCCCCGAGCACGGAUCGCCGUACACGCAGCAUCGCGCGACGGAGAUACUCGCGUGGAUGGACGACCACAACGCGCGGGCCGAGGGAGGAGACGACGCGCGCGUCCCCCAGACCCCACCCGACCGUCGCUUCGCCUUCCCCCCCUCGGGUUUCGCCGCCCCCCUCGACCCGGUCACGCACUUCGUCGCGCUCGACGACCGCGCGCUGAUCCGCGAGCUGUGCGGCGAGGCGCUCGUGGGCAGGCACAUCAUGACGCACGCGAGCGAGGGGCUGACGCGCGCCGCGGUGGACGCGGCGGCGGCGGCGCUCGGGGCAUCGGACUCUGGGGGACUCGGUCGUCACACCCGGCUGUUGGACCCGGCUGUUCGGCUGGCGGUGACAAACAACGGCGUCGGCUCCCCCACGCCGUGGGCGGCGCCGUGCGACGAGGAGGUUUUUCCCCCGAGGCCGACGCGAACGCCAUCGUCGUCACAGCAUUCGCGGGGGUCCAUCGACGACGGCGCCGUCCCGAUGUUCGACGACGGGAUGUCCCACGAAUAUAACGGCGCCUGCCUCGGGCGAGAGCGCGAUGAAACGCCGACGGUCGGGUCGUUCCAACGGAGGCGCGCGGUCUCCCGUGGUCUCGCGCCGGGGACGCCGUCGCAGAGCUGGGAACGGCGCGAGUCCGGCGCGAGUCCGGCGUCGUCCGACGGCGAGUCCGCGGGCCCCGGUCGUCGCGUGCAUCGCCGCCUGGCUCCGAGGUCGAGUCCCCAUUCGGGAAUCGUGCAUGGUAUCGUGGGUAGGUCAGUCGGGACCACCCCGGGGACGCCGCCCCGCCGGCGUCCGGACACGGCGGCGAGCUCGCAGCGGGGAGGGGGCAGCCGCGGGGGACCGGGCGGCGGGGCGGGCGGCGGCGGCGGGGGCGGCGGCGGGCUGUCCAGGACGAGCUCCGCGGCGUCGCUGCUAAUAAACUGCGGCGGGUCGUGGCCGCCGCGGGUGCCGUGA